AUGGCGGACGCGGGGGAGAAAGUGUUGGAAGUGUUGCUUAACAAGAAAGAUCUUUUUAUGGUAGGUAGAUAGUCCUUAUUUCUACACCUGGAUUGUAUCCACCAUCGUUGGACAUCGGUCGGCUCAUAAAUCUGCUUUUUGUCCACAGGUAAUGAUAUCCCACUCAGGGACAAUCCGCGACCUGUGUGACGAAAUUGAAAAAGUUGCACGCGAGGAGUUUGGAGAGUGAGUUCGAUUUGUUGUUGACGGUUUCCCUUCUUAACCUUUUGUUUUAUUUCUUUUUGGAAUUUGAUGAAAGUAAAAACCUGAGCUUGUAGUGAAAGUGAUCCCCGUCAAAUUACACAUUUUGUUGCAUGCUAAGGCAGUUUUCGUUUUUAACCGGUGGUACAAGUGAAUGAUUUUCCCAUUCUCGAAGGUUUUAAAAGCCAUUGAUUUUUUAAAGCUGUACGGAUGUGCUUGUGGAAACAAGAAGGAUGCUAUCAUCACUGCAUGCAAAUGAAACCAUCAAAAUAAAAACACAAAAAAGAGUUUUGACAAGCUGUUCCUAACUAGAAAAGCAGUUACUUGAAAUAUUAUUUAUUUUUUAACAUAAAAAAUGUAGUUCUGAUGGUGUGGCUGUCCAUACAAAAAGCACAAAAACAAACAAACAAAUACAGUUGUAGAAGUCAGGGCUGUCACUAAUAUUUCAAGUUGCUGGGUAAAUACAACAAGUAGGCAAGAAGUCAAACAGCUAGGGAUUUCUUUUGGUUCUAUUUUUCUUCUACUUUCCUAUGAAAGUAGCUGGGGGCCAUGUUCUUAGUAGCCAGGGGAAACGCCUGGUCCCUCCUCUUAAUGAUAGCCCUGAGCAGUUGUCUGAAAAUAUGCAGUAAUGAUACUGCUGAUGCUAUUAUUAUUGUAGUAGUAAUUGAGAAGAUGUACACUAGUCCUUCGCACUCAGAUAGGAAACUUAAAUGGCUUGUAAAGAGUAACACAAAAUAGUGUAAAAAUAAUUAUAUAAAACUGUUCUAGUGAGGCCUUAAACUGCUGUUUCAAAAGUAAAAACUAAAAUCCAAGCUUUCACCAAUCAAUGGCAUCAUCAAGCAGUAGUUUAAGGCCUCACUGGAACAGUUUUAUAUAUUUUUAAUUAUGCUGCUGAAGGACAACAUGAAUAGAUUAGCGAACUAGUGUUAUUACUGUUUGUUGAUGGGUGACCCAUUGUCUUAACCAUCACAUUAGAAUUUACAAUUACAGCCUUUAAUGAAAUUUCAAGGAUAAAAUGGACUCUACUCUAACACAGAUGAACAGCUUAUGUUAAUUCCAAAAGUUCCUAGCUUCUUUGUGGAUAAGUAUUUGAUAAUUAUACAUCAAAUUUUGUGCUCUCCAGGAAAGGACAAGUCACAGUAUUAGAAACUAAACAAGGAGCAAGACUUCCGGAGAGAUAUAAAGUGGGAAACCUUCUUAAAAACGAACACAGAAUUAUGGCUUAUUCUUCAGGUAAAUUAUUUAUAUUUUAAACUUUGUGUUAUAGAGCUCAAUUAAAUUCAAAAUGCUGUGUACCAGUAACUGUACAGCUGUAUUAUAUAGUGCCACUGGCCUGAAAAAUACUUACAAUUCAUAAUUUGUAGGAGGCACCCUAAAUUCCCCUGUGUAGAGACCAGAAGUAUUGUUUUUGUUGUUGUUGUAUUGGUAAUAUGCAGAAUCUUCUCUAUUUGAAGAAACUAGGUAUACAAGGUGGUCCUGGUUAAUUUUUCAGCUUGCGCAGAAGAUGUUCUUGGGUAAUUCUGGUUCAGCAAGCACCAUGAUGGUAUUGAGAAAUUCUGGAAAUACAUCAUUGACCAGUCAGCAUUAGAUUCCAUCCUCCAGAACCACCUUCCCCUCAUAGCUACUUAACCGUAAAUCACUACAGCUGUAUGUUCAGUGCUUAAUGCUAAUCACUAUAACAAUUUUCUUGAAGUUUUAAAAUGUAAUAACCUAAGAGCAUAGAAAAAAGAGAUUUCUUAUUGAACAAUAGAAGACUUACCGCAAAAUACAUGUAAACGUCAUAUCUAAGGUGGGGGCAAAUGUAGAGAGUGCUAUUGCUAGUAGUGUUCUCUAGGGAACAGAACUAAGAUAACUAGUAAUGAAGCACACCCACAGCCACACAAACGACUCAACCUCAGACGUGCUUACAUGUAGAUCCGUGCAUGCUACAGGUCAAAAUUAAAUUAAGAUCAAAAUUUUUUAAGCUACGGCUGUAGGUUUAUUCUCAAUUUCCAUUGUCUCCUAGUCCUUAUUCACGAAUAAUUAAGGUGAGGAGACGAAGGAAAUUGAAAAUCAACCCAGGUUAAAAUAUAUCAACUUGGGCCCAGUUUUUGAAGGCCAAUAAGCAUUUAACCUGGGGUUAAAUUUAACCCGGGCUUCUUUUCUUUUGUCCAUAAGCUUUUUCUCGGAUAAUUUUCUCUGUUAUUUCUAAAGCUUCCAAUAAUUAACCUGUAGACAUAAAGAAUUAAAACUGAACUGAUUUUAAAGCUUUCAUGUCCAAAUUCAAAUCUCGCACUAACCCUGGGUUAUCUUAACCCAGCUUUGAACAACUUGGCCCUGAAUUUAAUUUAAUGUGUAAUGUAUACAUUGUAUGAAGCCCUCUCAGGGUAAAAUUCUGGCAAGUGACAUGGCCUUGAAACAGCGACAUAGGAUGGCAAAAAUGGCGACAAAUGACAAAAAAAUGGGUUAAAACUUCAACACGAACAGCGGCAGAGAAAAGCACAAAUACAAUAGUGAAAUACCGCCAGCCACAUGGCUUCCUCUUCAAUACGUGAAAUGACAGGUUUUAAAAUUCAAACUAGGGACAAAUGUAACCCUCCUAAGAGGACCUCAUUUUAUUAUACAUACUGAUUAGUAUAGGUAAUAGCGUGAUUAGUGGUGAUAUUUGGCAUAAAUACCACGAGUGAUAUUUCAAAAUUGUUAUACGUAAUUUCACGAGCCUUUAGGCGAGUGAAAUUUGAGACAAUUUUGAAAUAUCACGAGUGGCAUUUAUGCCAAAUAUCACGUAUAAAUCAUGCUAUUAUUUGUUUAUACUGCUAACCGCAAAAGUUUUGUAAUUUUCACAUGUAGGUAUUUCAAAUUAAGCUGAAAUACCACUGCUCUAAGCCAAUCAAAUUGCAGAAAUUUCUCAUGUAGUAGUAUAAAAAUACAUAGUCUUCAUGUAAGACUUCAUAGAUUGAAAUACAUAGGACAGUCGACUUAAGUUAUCAAUAUGCAUAUGCCAAUUCACCAAGAGCACUUUUUUCCUCAGUUUUAUCUCUUUCUGGCUUUUAAACAACACCUGCUACAAUUUUUUCAAAGGCUUUUCUUUUUUAACCCCAAAUAAUAAUGUUAACAAUGUGAUAGCUAUGUGUUGUCAUGCACAAUGUAUGAUACAUUUAUAGUCUUCAGGCUGUAUAUUUGAAUACAGUACAUUUAAAACUGGAACACACUAGGUAACAUGCCACUGUGACAAGUUACUUCUUGUUUACAGGUCGGGUAAAAAGUUGCACGACAUGUUGCAGUGACAAAUUGUUUCUUGUGCACUGGAUAAUUUUUGUGAAAAUCUUUGUCUCUGCUACACUGAAUUAAACUCAAUCUAAUUUGAUUUUGUGGAACUUGUUGUGGUGAGUAAAAUUCUGUUGAAGAGACAAGUACAAUCAUUUUAUUUUAAAAAAAAUUCUCCAGUGUGCACAAAGUAAUUUUUGAUGUAACAUGUUGCCACAAUACAUGUUUCUGCAUUUUGUUCUGACCUCAAGGGCAUUUGAGUGCAUGUGCAUUUGGCACGUUUAAUAUGCACUGGAUUAUUUACAAGCUCAACAAAUGUUACUUUCAUUCAUUUUGUUAUUCAAUACAAUGUAGAAUUACAUGUACAUUGUAGUACUGUAGAUCACAGGAUGAAUUUCAUGAACAUGUAUUAUUUAGCAAUAUAUCCAACUUUAUUGUCUCCCUUAGCCUCUGACAAUCGUUGUCUUGUAGACUUGUUUGAUUAGAAGCCCCUGUGUAUUGAUGAACUUGUAACAAGUAGAUUAAUUUUGUUUGUGCAAUCCUUUAAAAGCUUAAUUUAAGUUAAGUUAUAUGCAAAUCCUGAUCAAAACAGGGUGUUAAUAAAUCUUCUGUAGGUUUUACUUCAACACAUAAAAGAUUUGAAAUCCAUUUCUAGCAGAUAGUAAACAUCAGAAUCAAAAUGACAAUUUUUUAAAUGAAACCUUUGCAGCUACAUUAAUUUUUGCUAAAAAUCACGUGGGACAAAAACACCUUGCUGGAGAGCAUACAGUACGUGUAUAUGUAAGAUGCAGUGGGGCAAGAAUAACAACAUGAUUUCAUCAUUUACUUUUACCUAAGUUUAUUUUCUUUUUCCGAGAUCCCACUGCAUUAUUUGCUUUUCACCUAGGUGUUUUUGUACCAUGUAACUGUUAGGCUGGCAAGGGCCCAUGAGAACUAAAUUUGUAUAGAUAAAAACUUACAGGUAUGUAUGAAACUGACCCCAAACUACUUACUUUUGUGCAUGCCAGAUACACUGUAUACUGAAAAACAAGUUAAGGGAAAUCUUGGCCUCAUUGUACAAUUUGAUCAUUGUUGUUUUCUUUAAACAUUCUCUCUAUUAUCUUGAAAUUCUACUAGUACAAAUAAUUGAUACAGUCAAACCUCCAUGUGUGACAACCUCUUGUACAUGAUCACCUCCCGUAAGCAACCACUUAUCAUGAAACCCCAAACGUUUCCCACUCAAAGACUAACAGUUGGAACCUCUCAUCAACAACCACCUGCUGUUAGCGAUCAUGACCACUUUUUGCGGCGGACAGUUUUAUGGUUUUCUUUUGUUUUAAACCUCCUUGUAAGUGACAUCUUGUUGCAUGGUCUUACAUGAUGUACAUGUAUUUCUGUGUUUGCUGCGUGUACUAUACUGCUCACAGUAUACAUAGAACAUUAAGUGACAACAUGGAACUGCACAUACAUGUAUCAUAACUUAAAUUAAAUUAUCUUCUAUAUUUAAGAAGAUGACUGAGUCCAGAAACUCUUCUCCGAAGAGAUCCCCCAUGGAUCGAUUCAAGAGCUUAUUUCCAAAGGAGUGAACAAAUUGGAAAAAAUCAUUGAUUUUUUUCUCGCAUGAUUAUCAUUUCUCUGCAGAGUGUAAUGCAUCAAGUAAGAGAAAGAGAAAGCUGCCACAUGUAAGAGCAACUGAAGAGGGGCUUCACAAGCCAAAGAGGAAGAGGAAAGAGAAAUCGGACAAGAGAUUGCACAACACUAUUGCUAUUGCUACAACUGUAUCUGAAUCAGAUUCAAAUUUAGGACAUAAUUCUUAUGGUAAUGGGAAAAACUCAAAAGGCAAGAGUUUUAGUCAAGGUACUUGUGGUGUCAGCCACAGACAGACAAGAUCAACUGUGAGAGGUAUUAACAGACUAUGUGGAAGUUCUUGCAAUAAGUUAUAUGUAAAUCUGAGGCAGAGAGAGAGCGAUAACUAUCUUGGCGAUGAAAGCAAUGCUGUUGCUGAUGACGAGAGUGGAACUGACAAAGGCAUCUUAAAUUGCAGUCAUAGAGAGCAUGUGGAUUCUGACAUAAGACAUGAAAAGGAAAGCAUGAUCUUGUCUGCAAAUAAUGAAGAGGGCGUCCAAUCUUGUGAUGACCAGUCUGAUGUUGAUAAUGAAUACAAUGAGGUAGCAGUCGAUGGGAUAAAAAGAAAACUCUCCUUUAGUGUUUCUUGCAGAAGACAAGGUGACAGUGGUGCAACCUGUCAUGGAAAGGAAAGUUCAACAGCCUCAAAUAGAGAUAAAUCCAAGAAAGUGAAAGAAACUCUUUUAACAAAACAAAGCUGUGCAGAUAAAAGUGAUGGCAAGUGUGGAGACGAAAGCAGGAAAGGAAGUAAUUUAUUAAAAUCAAACCAUCACAGUGAAGAUUCUAAUGGUGAAGAUUCUUAUAGUGAGUCUGAUUCAAGUUCUCUGUCUGACAAUGUGGAUCAAAUAGUUUUUGAUAAUGUUGAUUUGAGUGAUUAUGAGGGACCAGUGCUACGCAGUGCACAAAAGCAGACAAAAAAUAAUAUACAACACAAGUCUUCAGUGGCAGAAAAUUCCUGUGGGGAUAUGAAUAGAAGGAUCAACGACAAACCCAACACCACCCCUAAAUGUAAGUAAAAAGGUUCAAGAACUUAUGAAUGGUUUGUUUUAUAAAUUAUGUAUAUAGCUAAACCUCUGCCAAUAGUCAGCUUUCCAGAGCUGACAGUAUUUUUUCAUUUCGCUAGAUACAUUAAUUAAAAUAAAAAAUUAAUAACCUCUGUACAACGCCCACUUACAUGAACAGUGUGUACAUGUAACUCUGUCCUUAAGGUUAACAUUUUGAAGAGAUGUGACUGUUUAUUAUGUUGUGGUCAUUUUAUCAUAAGUUCGAAUUUUAUUUUGUUUGUUUUACCAUCUAUGGCCAUAAAAUAUUCCCAAACCAAAGGACAGUAAAUUUAACUGGAGGUAAUCUUGACUCAUUUGCAUUGUACAUGGUUGCAUUUUGAGGAAAGGACCAGCAUAUGCAAAAUCCAUACAUGUGCUAUGAAAGUAAAUGUAUUAAAACUUUAACAUUCACCUCUUUUGGAUGCUCAAUUUGAGGGUGUUAAAACUCUCUCAGCUGGCGAAGUGCUUAUAAAACUUAGGGAAGUUCUGAAAGAAAACUGCGCUGUUCAGAACAUUUGUCGUAAAUGUAACAUGAAUUAUUAUGUCUUAGUGACCGAGCAUGAGGUCAAGGUGGCUUGAUAUUGGCCAAGUUGUGUUUUAAUGGGCCGAGACGAAUUUGGCGUCAAUACAUGUUCAUGUACAAAUGCCCUAAGAGGAGGUCAAUAUCCAGCCAUCUUGAGUGAACUAGCCUGUUUGAAAAAGAAUCUAUGACUAAGAGAACUUUUUACUUGCGGGAGCAAAGCGGGAAUUCCCGAGAGGGCGAAGUAGGUUCAUCUUGCCCACUCGGGUAGCCAAUCAGAACACUAGAUUCCCUUCAUCUUUCCCGCUCGCGAACCAGCCAUAUAAUAGCGUUAACUCUUACCAGCAUACAUAGUACACCGUUGUUUGCAAAGCCAGCUGUCUCUCCCACGGACGGUCGAGGCGAAAUGUCCCUAGCGGCGAAGAGCGAGGAGAGAUUCGCUGUCUUCGCCGGCUAGUUCAGUUGAGAGGCUUGUCUUUUUAGAUCAUUCUUUGUUCUAUUAUACUGCAGGUAGAAAAGAGAAAUCCAUCAAUAAGCAACAUAGUCAAGACAAUCGAAGACUUCCACUGGGAAUAGGGAAAAACGUUCAGAUUCGAGUUAGUCCUCUAUCGACCCCAAACAAACCUAGACGUUUACAAGCAAAAGAACAGAUGUCACGGAUCAAAAAGAGCAGUGGAGGGACUCUUGAUAAACCAAGAGAAAAGGGUCAAACGAACCAGAUCGAAAGGACUACUGAAUUGAAUCAGGAAAAUCCUGAACGGUCACAGACUGGAGAAAAAACAUAUCAGAAAGAUGCUGUUCAGGAGUCAGAAAAUGCGUUUAUAAGAAUUUUUUUGGACGACAUGCGAGAACUGCAAUGUGAGAGUAAGCGUGAUGAUGACUCUACAAAAAAAAGUCUGGGACAGCGAGGACACUCAAACACCGGUGCCAUAGUUCUAUCGCCUUUAAGGUCGCCAGAACGUCGCAGUCAAAGAAGAAAAGAAGAAAUACAUAAAUCAACAUCAAAGGUGGCAGAUUGGCUUAGUACACACGAUAUCUCAACUGGUAUCAACUCAAAAGCAACAGAAACAUGUCAGACUGAACCUGGCCGCGAAGGUGAGAAUGGUUGUUAUUUAGCUGGAAUUUUUCCUCAAAAGAAAACGCUGGCGUUGGGACACCGUGUCCAGAGGAACCCUUCCAAGCAAUUAUUACGUACACUGUACAGUUUCUUGAUCGGCUUUAGGUUCAUUCCUUCAUCUCCCCAUUCCUCCCUCCAUCAAUGUUGCGCCCAUAAAAGGACUUUAUUUCCACCCAUUUUAUUUAAAAUUCAAUAUUGUUUGUGGUGGAAAGUCGCCCGUUUUACUGAUAAUUAUCACUUGAAGGUCCCGGCACCUUUGCUCUAAGGACAUUUUUUUUAUCGUCUUUGGAUUCAUUCCUUCAUUCUCCUAUUCUCCAGCCAUGUUGCGCCCAGAAAAUGACUGUAUUUCCACCGAUUCCGUUCAAAAUUUUAGCAUUCUUAUGGGUUGGAGGUAGGGGAGCUCGCUUGUUUUACUUCCCAGCGCUUUUGACCUUCAUUGUAUUCCGCUUCAUGUGACAUCCAACUGAUGUCAACCAAUAUGUCCAAAAAUGAACUUUGAAAAAUUGUUAGGCUAACCUUUCUUCAAAAGUCACCAUCGCAAUCCGUUUCAAUCUUCACCAGGUUUGUCUAUUGUGCCUUCUUUUGAACACUGUUUUUGCUCUAUUAUUUAUUCCUACUAUUAAUGUUGUAAGCGGUUGUCUGAAUUUCGGUAGAUCUCGUGACAGCUUCAUGUACUUUAAUAUUCGUUGUUUCUGUUGGUAUUACAGCUCCGUCAAAACGUGUCAUCAGUACCAGAGCAACUGCUAGAGACCGAAGUAGAGAGGCUUCAAAGAGGGUAGCAAGAAGCGACGAUAACUGUGAUACUUACUGCAAUGAAGGUAAUGAGCGAGGAAGCGCUGACAGUGUUAGCAGUGACAGAAGAAUGAUCAACGGAACAAGUUUAUCUGAAGGAUCGCCACUUCAAGGCCGAUCAGAAGAGAAAACAGACGAAGGCGUGAACGAGCGUUCGAUGAUUCAGUCCACACUGCGACAGAAUAACGUAAAUCGUUUGACAAGUGGAAGGCCUCCAGUGUCUCCUGCCGGACCGAGGUUUGCUGGCAUGACUAAGCAAUGCCUGGUCAAGGUACAAAAACUGCCUGUUCGUAAACAGAACGGAGAGCUAAAGCUUAUACCAUUUCAAGGGAUUCUUCUCAAUGAACACAGUGCCUCUUGUUUUGAUGAAGAAGGCGAUAAAACGUUCGGCAGAACCUACAAUCCGGGCCCUUUAGAAAUAAGUGCCGAGUUAAAAAAAGCAAAAACCAUGGAGGCAGAGAUUGAUCGUUCAGAAAUUCAGGGGAAAGAUGAAGGAGGGGCAACAGACGAAAACCAGACCAUUGAUAAUCCACCGACAACUCGAUCUCCUGCAACACAAACUAAAACCCCUUCUCCUAAACCAGUUAGACCUACAGCAGACUUACGUCCACAGAUGCUCUCUUCGCAAGAAGGCCCCAGUGACAGACUUGUGGUUCAUAGUUUGGUUGACCGGGAAGGAACUGAGGAUUUAAAAAGCAAAAGGAGUGGGGUUCCAUUGUCAAAAUCAAAGCGUGAUUGUUACAGUCUCUUAGAAAACGAUGAAGAAAAUUUGAGCUCUUCGAAAAACGAUGCAACAGAUAGUGAUGCAAAGUGGGUCGCACCUAAACGGGAGAAGGGGAGUGUGAAAGCAAUAUCAAAGAAAAGGAAACGAAUGCCUCAAAUGGAAAAUGUGGACACUGGAUCCGUAAAUCAAGGUAAGGCUCUGCACGGAGGCACAUCUAUAACAAAAGAGCUUCAGUCGCUGAAAAAUUCGCGCUGCGAAAUGAGAGACAAUGCAGAGCCGCCAGCAAACCUGAACAAUAUUCCGAUUCACGUGGAUCGAUUGCGUCAUGACGAAAGAGAUAUUGAUGAGGGUAGAGGGGCCACGAAAGAAGGGUUAAACCCUAAAAGGGGGCAACAAUCAAGGGAAGAUCAGCUGCCGUCUUCUAAACAAGAAGCUGCUCAGUUGCUGGAAAACCAAAGUGAUUUCUUUCUGAAUGGCGAUGUUAGUAACACAGAAGUGAAAAAAAGGCCAGGUACAGAAAAGAACUGCUGUGAAUUGGAGGAAGACCGAAAUGUCGGAGAUAGUGGGUGGGACUCCACCGUCUGCGAAAGUGAUGUGUUCUCCGCAGAUGGGAAACGUUACAGAGUAGAGAAAGGUGUCUCCAAAGACAAAGAGACGAUGAAUAUUGCGGGAAAAAGGCAAAAAUGUUCUCUAAAACAUCAGGAAAGUUCGGAACUGGUGAAAGACAAUAUAACUGGUGGACGUAAACAAGGGCAACAAAGUAAAUCUCAAAGUGCGAGUGACGGUUCUGGGAAAAAUGGCAUUUCCACGGAGGAUGAUUUGUGUAAUAGAAAUAGCAGGAAAGGGCCAGUGGUGUCGGCGGAUCGAUUAGUGAGUAGAAGAAAAGAAUCAAAGCAUUCUAUCAGUUUGGAACCGUUGCAGGAUAUUGACUCUAUCUUAGACAUACAAGAACGAGAAUCUGAAUCCGUUGAAACGUUCACUGAAGACCUUGACAAAAAGAGUGAACCGUCGGAAGAUCAUCUUAAUAAUAACCUGAGCAUUGGGCAAAGUACCACUGACUCGGUUGAUCGAGUUGUCAGUGGAAACAAAGGGUCAAAACAAUCCAGUAAAAGAAAAGAACGACAAGGUGAGGAAUCUCCUGUAACUAAAAACCAGAAAGAGACCGAAUCUAUUGACCCAGUGGAUAGUAACUUAAGCGUUGACGAUAUUGCUGAUCGCAGAAAUACUGGGCAAAACACCGUAGAUUCCGUAGGUCUACCGGGCAGUCGAAAAGGAGAAUUCGGGCAUUCUAAUUUUACGGAACAGGUGCAAGAUGUUGACUCUAAUGUAUCAGCGCAAGAGCAACAAUAUGAUUCUAAGGCAACUUCCAGAGAAUGCCUAGGGAAAGGUGACAGAAGGACAAUAAAUAGUUUGCACAACAGCAAUGAGAAACGGUUGCAAGACAGUGUCGCCGUUGUAUCUGAAAAAGUUGAAAUAUCUAGUUCUGAGGCAACAGUUAUGGCAAGCUCCAGUCAAAAAGGCAAAAUAGCGAGAACUAAUUUCCACCUUAACAAUAAGGAACGGGUGGAAGAUAGUGACUCCGUUGUAUCUCAACAAGAGGAAAUAUCUGAUUCUGAGGCAACUGCAACGAUAAAGUCCAGGAAAAACGACGAUACAAGGAAAAAUAAUUUGCACUCUAGUAAUACGGAGCAGUUACAAAGUGUUGUCUCUGAUGUACUUGAAAAAGAGCAAAUUUCGGAUGCUGAGGCAACUGCUUGUGCGAGCUCCAGGAAAAAUGGCAAAACUCCAAUAAACAGUUUGCACUCCAGCAAUACGGAACGGCUGCAACACGUUGACUCCGUCGUAUCUGAACAAGAGCAAAUUUCGGAUCUUGAAGCAAAUGCUGUUGGAAGAUCGAGGAGAAAAUUGCGGUCCAGCAGUACGGAACAGUUGCAAAGUGACACUGUUUUAUCGGUACACGAGGAGGAUUCGGAUUCUAGGGCAACUGCAAGUGUAAGCUCCAGGAAAAAUGACAAAACGAGGAAGAAUAUUUUGCAAUCCAACAGUUCGAAACGGUUGGAAACGAGAAAUAGUUUGCACUCCCGCAAAACAGAGCAGUUGCAAGAUGUUGGUUGUGUUGUACCUGAACAAGAGGAAAUUUCGAAUUCUAACGCAACUACCAGUGCAAGCUCCAGAAAAAAUGACAAAACAGGGGAAAAUAUUUUGCAGUCCAGCAUUCCCGAUCAGUUCCAAAUCGUUGGCCCUGUUGUAUCUGUAGAAGGGCAAAUAUCUGAUUCUGGGGAAAGUGCUAUUGCAAAUACUAAGAAAAAUGGCCAAAUGAAGAAUAGGAAAAGUAACAAAAGAGACAUGGAAUUCUUACAUAGACUGAAAAGACAAAGAGAAACAACAAAGCACUUUAACAAUACGGAAAUGUUGGAGGGGAUUGAUGCUGCUGUUUUCGUCGAGGAGAAAGAACCUGAUUCCGAGGAAAAUGCCAUUAGUGGUUCCAAGAAAAAUGACAAGACGCAAAAUAGCAAUAAAAAAAGACACACGGAGUCCUUGCAUGGACUGGAAAGACGAAUAGAAACAACAAAACAUUCCAACAAUACAAAAGUGUUGCAAUGUAUUGACUCUGCUGUAUUUUUCAAAGAGAAGGAGUUUGAUUCUGAUGCAACUACCAGUAGUGGUUCCAAACCUAAUGACAAGGCAAUGAGAAAUAGUAAUAUUAAAAAACACACGGAGUCCUUACGUGAACUGGAAAGACGAAAAGAAAUAACAAAACAUUCCGACAAUACUAAACAAUUGCACGGUAUUAUAUUAGAACAGCGACAAAAAACUGAUUCGAAUGAAAUUUCGAGUGGAAGUGACGGAGAGGACGACGAAACAAUAAACGAUAAUAUCUCCGGUAAAGGUAGCAGCACUAAGAGGGCCAUGAACUCCUUUGAUGGACAAGGAACUAGUAAAGGAAAAUCAAAACGGCAUACGGAACAGUUGGCAGAUGUUAACUCUGGUGAGCGAGUACCUACAAAACAGCAAAAAACGGACGUUUCUGCCAUGGUCAGAGCAAGCCGCGGGGAGAGUAGCAGAUCAAACAGAGAUCAUAUGCAUAAUUACAGAGGCAGUAGUAAAACCGCAGUGGAAUCUGUAUAUCGAUCGAGCGGUGAAAAUGAAAAAUCCAAACAAUUCAACCUUAGUUCCUUUAAAAAAGACAGAGCUUCAGAAAAAGACAGAGAGGUUUUGAUGGAGAGAAGCAAUACUUAUGUUGGUAAAUCUUGUGUUAAUAACAAAGAUGGGUCGAUAUGUCAGAAGCAGGACGUGUCGUCUUCAAAACGAAAGGAUUCCAGAAGCUCUUUUGAUGACAAUAUACAGACAGAAAGUGAAACAGAUAAGGAGGAAGGUAAGUACUUUUUAAAAUUAAUUGAGCAGCCAGGGCCCUGUUGUUCGAAAGAUGGAUAGCGCUAUCCAUUUGACAAAUCUCUAUCCAGUGGAUGGCGCAAUUGAUUUCCCUAAUACUUAUCUAGCCCCAGUUGUUCGAAAGGUGGAUAGCGCUAUCCACUGGAUAAAUUACUAUCCAAAGGAUAGCGCAGUUGGUUUUCGUAAUACUUAUCCGCUGGAUAGCGAUUUAUCCGGUGGAUAGCGCUAUCCACUGGAUAAAUUACUAUCCAAAGGAUAGCGCAGUUGGUUUUCGUAAUACUUAUCCGCUGGAUAGCGAUUUAUCCGGUGGAUAGCGCUAUCCACUGGAUAAAUUACUAUCCAAAGGAUAGCGCAGUUGGUUUUCGUAAUACUUAUCCGCUGGAUAGCGAUUUAUCCGGUGGAUAGCAAUUUAUCCGGUGGAUAGCGAUUUAUCCGCUGGAUAGCGAUUUAUCCGGUGGAUAGCGCUAUCCGACUUUUGAACAACCGGGACCUGGCCCCAGUUGUUCAAACGUUGGAUAGCGCUAUCCAGCGUUUGAACAACUAGGGCCUGGCUGAUAUUAUGUAGCAGAAUUAAGUUUGCAAGACAUUAAAGGGGUUAAUUGUCACGACGAUUUUGCUGUUUUGGGUCAAUUCUGUUCUCACGUCAUUACUUAGUUCCUUUACCCAUACAAACAUGCUCCUGUAGAAUUAUGAAGAAGAUAUCAAACAAAUUUAAUCAGAGAGCACUAACCUUAAUAAGUUUUUUGGUGACUUUUGCAGGUAUAUUAAUAGUAUUAAAACUUGGAAAAGUUGGCCGAACUUUUUCAAGUUUCAAUCCACGUCCAACCGUGCCAUCCGUAGCUGUAGACGACAGGAAAGAGUUUCAAUUCCUAAAUAUGGUCUUAAAUAACACAACUGUACCAUUAGUUUUGGAAAUCAAUUGAUGUCAAGUUGCGUUUUAUCUUAAAAAAGAAAACAAAGAGCGUGGUAUAUCCCAUUGAACAAGGAAUUGACAGGAUUUAACAGAGCAGAGACGGUUGUUUUGCCCUUAAAAGUAUAGACCUUGAGAUCCUAGGAUGAAGACGAGUUUCAACUUAAAGUUGUUUCGUGUACAGUCGAACCUCUCUAAUACGGACACCAAAAGGACAGAGCGAAGUGUCCUUAUUAGAGAGGUGUCCGUAUUAAAGAGGUCACUACGAUGACGUCACUUUUAUGACUCCACUUACACUUUUCAGUGUUCAGUAGCUAAAACCGAGAGGUUCGACUGUAUUCUCAAAAAAACCGACACGUCGGAAAGCUUCAUUGCAGUUUUUUUCACCAGAAGAGUGAGCACGGUUAUUUUUAAUGAAGGAGGUUAAGCCCUCUCCAAAGCGCAAAAGAAUAAAACAUUUACUAACUUGCUUCCGCCACUACGACAUUCUCGCUAAAACCCGUAGUUGAAUGACGACGGCGAUCACGUUGUCCCACCAAAAUGACGAUGGUUAACGCGCGUGUACUACUUAGCAUUGAGAAAAUCUCGUCUAGUAUUAGAAUCUAAAGGUCCCUAGUAUCGGUUAGAAAUAGCUGGAAACGUGACAUGACAAUGACAUGACAGUGUUGAAGGUUUGUUUGGACAUACCCACAAAAUCACACAUCACCUGUGUCUCUAAAGUGUGCUCCCAGCUGCCAAGCAUACAUGUCGAUGCGUCGCAAAGGCAAACAAUAUAUGCAUAACCAAACGCGGAGAAAUUGGCACAAAACAACGACGAAGUAGAAAGCAUACUGGACUUAGACUUUAGACUUACUAACUCGACAGUGACUAGUUAUGAAAUGGCGUUUCUCAGUCACUCAGCUAAGUUUUUGGAGAUAAAAAAUUCAAUUUUUCUCACUUGUAGCAUAUAUUAUAUGUUUCUCAUUUAUAGGAGACGAUAGCAAAGCACGGGAGUUGCCGCUGCAAUUAGCACCCUUUAAGGAAGGCAAACACAUCGUGUGGAUGAGAGAAAGAACUGAACAAAAAGCCGACGAGGAGACUGGUCAUGCGAAGGCAAUAAGGCGUCAUUGUAUGAAGGCUGACAAAUCUGCGGUCCAAUCAGAAGAUAGCAGCCAAUCGGAAAACGAAAACACUGGUGUUGGACGAAGCCAGAGUUUUGUUAAGACAAAUGAAAGUAAGGCAAAUGUAAGCGCUUUAAACGGGGAGACAGGUCUGGAGAAAGGACAAAGCACUAUCACAGAGAAGGAUGUAUCGGAUUCUGAAGGUGAUCUUGAAAACAGAGUCGAAGGGAAUGGAAAGAUCAUAGAACAGGGGUGUGAUAAAGGAAGUGACAUGGAAGUAAAUGGAAUUAGAGAAACUGAUGGUAAAACUAUUGUUGCCAAACAGGAACCUAAAAAACUCACGCACCAAAGAGAACAGCAGCGAAUGAAGACAACUUUCAAUUUCCAAAAAAACUCAGGAAACUAUACAUGCAAUGAAGAGGGAGUGAAAAAGCGCAAGAAAAGUAAAAAUAAAGAUUGUUUGAAUGAAACAGAACAAAAGGAAAGUGAUAGAAACUCAAGUGAUGAAGAAUUCGCAGACGAUGGAGUGACAGAAAGAAAUGAAGACAACUCUCAAUUUCUAGAAAAUACAGUAAACCACACGUGCAAUGAAAAGGGAGCGAAAAAGAGUAGGAAAAGGAAAAAUAAAGAUUUUUUUACUGAAGCAAAGGAAAAGGAAAGUGAUAAGGACUCAACUGACGUAGAAAUCGUGGACAAUGGCGUGGAAGAAAAGAAUGAAGACAACUCUCAAUUUCCAGAAAAUCCAGGAAACCAUGUGUGCAAUGAAGAGGUAGCGAAAAAGAGCAGGAAAAGUAAAAGUAAAGAUCUUUUGAGUGAAGCAAAGCAAAAGAAAAGUGAUAGGGACUCUCACGUAAACGAAAAGAAGGAUAAACAAAGUCAGGUGGUAGAAAGACCGGAACUUUACAGAACGGAAAAUGAGAAAAAGAGGAAAAAGAAAAAAAAGAUAAGGAAAUAUGAUUCGCCUUCACCUCAGAAAGAAAGUGGCCUCAGAGGUGUGCCAGAGGAAAAGUGGAAGAUGGAGGAAUCGGUUGACUUUGGGACAAUCAAAGAGAUAAAGAAGGGGACGAAAGAAAGAUCGAGCAAACCAGGUAAUUGAACUACUGUAAAUAAGUUUUCUUUUCUUUUCUUAAUUACCAGCAUUAUGUAAUAAUUAACAUUGUGACUGAAAAGCCCUGUUGAAGGGAGUCUCAAUGAAGUAUGUAUGUAUGUAAGUAUGUAUUUAUGUAUGUAAGAUUCCUUUCUUUUAGGGCAUGCAAUUAAACAACUUCAUGCAAGCGUUGAUUUGCCAGUAUUCAGGAAUGCGCCCUAACAAUUGUAGGAUUGCAGGUACAAAUCAAGCUAAACACUGCAAAACAGCCUCACUCUAGACUUUCGUUUUACGCCUCGCGCGCGCGUUCCUAAAAAUGCAGGCGUUUUUGCAGUCUAAAGGGAAACAGGGAGCGUUCUCUCUGCAGCUUGGUAGUGGUCUACUCAUAAAAUAGCUGUAGUCGGAAAUAUAAGAAUAUUAUUUCAAUGACGUUGAAGCCGUUAGUUAUAUUAAACAGUACUAAAACAACAAACGAAAUGGCAUAUAGCAACUUGAUUAACACGUGCGACUUUUGAUUAAAUGGUGAACAGUAAACCUAAACAUGUUUUUUUAAGCUCCCGUAAGCGGGCCCCUGAAAUGAAAUUUUCCACACACACGGUUACACUUGAAAAGACCAUUUGAAUUUUAUGCUUGUGACCAGCCAAACACUAACAUUUGUACUCCCAGUAUUGAUUUGUAGCUGUGCAAACUCCCAUAACUGACCAUCUAACCCUUACACUUCUAGUGGCUGCUUACGACAGCUUCUACUGUAUAUUAACAUCCGCACUACAUGACCUUUAACCGACUCUCUCCUUGCAGCACAGUUACUGUUCUUUAGUGUUUUCAUUAAAAGCAUAGAACUUUAAUACGUGUUUAGCUAUUGUGACGUAACAUUGAGUCAAUCAAUUUUGGCCCACAGAAGAGAAAAAAGAGAAGAAGAGAAAAAAGAAAAAGAAAGAAAAGAGACAAAGUGAGUCACCUACCUCACUCAACGACAGUGGUUACAGAACUUUAACCGAGGUCAAGGAUGAAAUGAAAGAAUCAGAUGAGUUUGAGGAAAACAAAGCAAAGGAGAAAUCAACUGAUCCAGGUACGAGUUCUUUUUCUCUUCCGACCCUAUUUAUUAGCGUCCUACAGAGGGUUACUUCGCAAGAUUCUUUAGGAAAAAUAAAAGCUGUGUAUCAACGCCUCUAUAGUUAUCUGGAGGAAUUAAAAAUACAUUACCCACUUCAAUUUGGUUUCAGGGACAAAAGUUCGACAACUCUUGCACUUAUUUCUAUCACUGAAUGUAUUUGGCUGUGGCGUAUUUAUAGAUUUGAAAAAAGCUUUUGAUACUGUUAACCAUACAAUUCUACGAACUAAGCUUCACCAGUAUGGAAUAAGAGGUGUUGUAUGUGAUUGGUUUAAGUCUUUUUUAACCCAAAGAGAGCAGUUUGUAUGUGUUAAUGGUCAUAACUCGAUUUCCUUACUUGUGACUUGUGGUGUUCCACAAGGAUCCAUUCUAUGACCACUUUUAUUCUUGUUAUAUAUGAAUGGCCUACUUUCGUCACACUCGUUUCCUGAAACGUGUACCAAGUGGCCAUGCUCCCUUUAACUCCCCUUUUCAAAGGCCUAAAGCAAAGACUCCGGGUCCUGGGCAUGGCUGUGGUAUCCUGUGUUUGACUAAAUCAGGUAAUUGUUUAUUUGCCGAUUUGGCUUGUAGUUCGCUAUAUUUCCAGAGGUUUUGGUUAAGAAGCGAUUUAUACUCGGCCAUUUAAAACUUUUGCAAAUAAAUUCACCCAUCUGGCGUAAAAUUGUGACCACUAGCGCAACGUUGUGUUAACACAAAAUUACAAGUACAUACAUUUGGUGGUAACUUCAGCAAUGGAGGGGCAUAACGAAACCACCCUGUAGAAAAUCAGUUUAGACUGAUAUUUGGCAUGAGCCGUGGGGAACGGGUGUGACGGAGGAAAACUAGAAAGAAGUUAAGCUGGACAGUGCAGGUAAACUAAACAGUAAUAAUGAGCCUGCCUACUUACAUCUGUUUGGAGACAUCUUCGUAAAAUGAUGCCAUUCCCUGCUUUACCCAACUUGAAUAACUGACUGACUGGAUGUGUUUCAAUUAGCUAAGAAAACGGCUCGAUAUAAAAUUAAAACGGAUUUUAUUGUGGGGUUUUUGAAAACUUUUUAGCCUAACAGUUUUCAAAGUUCAUUUUUGUUGUUUUUAAAGUUCGAUACAAUGCUUGGGAAGUAUAUUUGUUGGACAGUGUUAAACUUUUUUCGACAGUGAAAGUUGCAUCAUUAUUUUUCUUUACAAUUUUUGCGACUUGUAAAUAUGCUUUGCUUAUUAUUUUGAAGACGUUCCGACCGAAGUUUGGAAGCCAAGCUCUGAACACACGCAACAGAAACCAGUAAAGAAAAAGAAAGCCAAAUUACUGUCUCUGUUGGAUCUGGCACAAGACGGUGAGUGUUUUUUUUGUCUCUAGAGUAGAAAUUGUGAACAUAAAAAUAUUAGUUUUAAUGACCUCUUCGAUGUGUGCUGGCAUUUCGUUUUUUAUUUUUAUUUUUCAUUUUGCUGCACUACUAAUACCCGGCAUGAUAACAAGUUAAACUACAGGGUGUCCCAAAAGUUCGUUCCACUACUUAAUAAGUCUGUAUUUCAGUACGAUUGGACUUGGUAAGGAAAUCAUUUCAACCAAAGUUGUUUCUUUCAAUAUAAUUCACUGUUUUCAUACUUGUUGUGCCAUCUUUUGACUCGAAUAUUCGAUUUGUGUACUUCCGCGCCAUAGGUGCGCGUGCGAUAGUAUAUUUUCCAGCCACUUUUUUUUUGUAUUUCAUAGCCUGAAUUGCUCGAACUUCUUCCUUGUUUUUUUGUGAAUAUCACAAAGGAUAAACUGCCUUAACGCAAAAACGUUCAGCUGCGUGAGAGCAUAAGCCUGUAUACUUCGAUUUACUGGCUUAUCUGUUGUAGAAAUUGCUAAAAAACUCGAAUGUUGGGUGGUAAAGUGAUCAUGGAGAAAUGAAGGUUUUGAAGGCAAGAAACUAAGGGGGAGACCAAAAGUCCUGAAUAAAGCAGCUAGAGUAGUUUUAAAGAAGGCUAGAUACAUAAUAGGAGACUCGACAAGGAAGCUCAGUCUCACACAGUUAGCAAGCCAAAUAAAAGGGUCGUGAAAAGCUGUUUAAAAUGUUUAAAAUUAGAGGCCCCUAAGAUGGCAAAAAAAACCUCUGCUUAGUCUGCCAAUUAACGCCCAGCUCGUUUCAAAUUUGCAAAGGAAUACAAAAGCUUUGCUGUGGAAGGGGGCCGGGAUGGUUAUCUUUUUUGGAUGAAUGCCCACAAAAUAUAUUUUUGUUCAGCUCCCUAAACUAAACGAAUUUUGUUUGGGGGUUGAACUGGAUCCUGCGUACCAGGUGAUAAAAAAGCUCAAAAUGGAUCCAAACGCUGUACCCCACUUCAUGCCGCAACGGCAUGAAGUGGGGUACGGCAUGAAGUGUGUUAGUUCGGAUCCACUCCGAACCAAAAGUAAAAAAAGCAAGCACUUGCUUUUUUUAACACGGUUUUAGCCAGACUUCACUUGUACGAGAAUCAUGCCCAUAAUGCGGCCAGUACUUUCUGUAUGGCCGCGCGCUGAUUUUACUUUGUUUUUAUUAUCCUUGUACAUAUUCAGCGGAGCAAAAAGGCAGCAGCACGGCAGAGAAUAACAAAACCAUUUCAACUGCUAGGAAACAAGACCAUAAUCUGAAGCGACAUUUUCGGCAAACACCCAAAGGAUUCAUUCACACCGUGAAGAACAGAAAACUCUCUGCUUCAACAUCGACGAUACAUGUCAGGCGUAAACCGCGGGCAAACCCUAAAGAAAACCUACAGUUCAAAGGCGUGGCUGCUAAAGAGAAGGACAUGAUUGCUAGGGAACUCAGCUUUGAGGAACUUCUUAAUGAUGAUUCCUUCUGGAACACUUGA